AUGGAACCUCUCAAGAUCAGAGUAAACGGCGAGUCAUCCAUCACUCGCCUGGCCGAGCAGGGUCUCCUUCGACUUUCUGUGGAAUCACAGGGCCCCAAACUAGAAACCGUUUCCAAGGAAGUGGUUUCGAGGUCCAAUGAACUCACUGGUCUUUUCAAGACAUUGUCUCCAAAGACUCAGGCGGGCACCGCAACUGCAGACGCGGCCGUUACCAAUGUCGCCUCCACCUUUCUAAGCACGCGGAACUUCACCCCCCGUGACAGGGAUGGUCAACCAUUAGAGAAGGUGUAUCAGGCUUCCAUGUCCCUUAGCAUCGUAUUCCGUGAUAUCACAAAACUCAGCGAGGUAGUUGGCCAGCUUCUGACUUAUUCCAAUGUGGAAAUCUCCUCUAUCGAUUGGAGUUUGAGCGAGGCCACUCAGAAAACCCUGGGCUCCCAAGUUCGCAGGGAGGCCAUUCGUGAUGCAGUCACUAAAGCAAAUGAUUAUGCCGCUGAGGUUGGACGAGAAGUAUACGCGGUGGAUAUCAUGGAUGGAGGGCAGAACGCUACCAUGCAACAUGCACCGGUAGGAAGGUCUCUUUUUGGGUCUGCUCCGGCGCCAUCUGGUGGAGGUCUUUUUGGCGGUAGUGCUACUGCUGGGUUUGGAUGCGCUACUCCCCAGGCGUCUCAGCCAUCUGAGAUGCUGAGCCUAAGCCCCCAAAAUAUCAAAUUUACGAGCUCGGUGCACAUUGAAUUUCAGUCGUACCCGGAAAGUAAUGGGUGA